AUGGACUUAAUCGGCGAUAUCGUGGAGCACGACAUUCCUGCGCCAGUGGAGCCGUCUUUCCCGACCGGACCCAUGCCUGAUAUGAGCAAGCGCAAGCCGUCCGCGUGGCGGAAGCGGUUCGAGCAGAAGGGUAUCGCCUCAAUGUCCGGCUUCAAGAAGAUGGACUACCUGGGCUUGUCGGAAGCGGAGAAGAUCAACCAGGAAAACAUCGAGGUGUUAUCACAGAUGUCGGCAGAGGAGCGCGAGCGCGAGAAACAGGAGUUGAUCGAUUCGCUUGACCCGAUGAUCUUGCAGGCAUUGAUCAAGCGUGCGAAUAAGAGAAGUUCCGAGGCCGAGGCGGAGAUCGAGGGCUACGGGACCUGGAUUGGGGGCACCAAGGAGGACGAUAAGAGGGGAAAGAACUCCGACGAGGCAGCAUGGGGCGGUGGGUUGAACUCAGCGGAUGUGGAUAAGGCGUUGGGGCUUGGUGGUGCCAGUCUUGUAAAGGAUCUCAAGGAAAACGUUGAAGCUGCCUCUAGCAAAACGUCCUUGGAAGACAAAAAGGUGCGGUUCAAUACCACUGCCAAGGUCCAAUACGACGACGAAGACGACUUGGUAGACGCGGAAGGCUGGGAAGACGUUGAAUACCUUGACGACCUUGCUCCGUCUUUCGAAGCCGCCCAGGCAUUGGAUAACCAGACAUUAGAAGAAAUGAUGAACUCGGUACACUUUCCCAGACGCCAGGUUGCGGACCCCACCGAAAACAAAUUGGACCUUGACGACCCUGACUUCAAUCGAAAGUUGCAUGAAAAGUACUUUCCUGACUUGCCAAUGGACACCGAGAAGUUGAAGUGGAUGGAGCCGGUGAAGGUGACAGCCAAUGCCCUGGUCUACGACAACAUUAACGAGUUGCGCUUCGACUUCCGAGGCGACUUGAUCAUCCCUGACGAAAACGCCGCGAUUCCAACCCACGCGGGCCUUCACCAUCACUCGGAAGACGCACAGAUGGCGGGCUACACCUUCCGCGAGUUGGCCCAUUUGGCCAGGUCCAAGAUGAACUCUCAGCGGUGCAUCGCCAUACAGACGUUGGGCCGCAUCUUGCACAAAUUGGGCAAAAAGGCGUACAACAUCGUCCCGGAAAGCGCCGGAGCCGACGCUCCGGAGCAGGAACUCUCGUGGGCAGAGUUUGAGAAGAUGUGCCGUGAGGUGAUUGCCGAGUUGCGCAUCACCGAGACGUUAGAGGCGGCCGCGGAUGAGAAACUCACCAAGAAUUUGAGUGUCAGAAAUUAUGCCAUUGAGGCCUUAUGGUUGUGGAAGCAGGGGGAAAGUAACUAG